AUGCCGUCUUUUAGGCGAGGUUCUGCUAUGAUGGACGAGAAUGGCCCGUACAGCAAAUUUCCGGUCGGUGCUGCGUUGUUGACAGAUGAUGACACCGUUAUUUUGGGUGUCAACUGCGAGAAUGCCUCUUAUGGUGGGGCGAUAUGUGCAGAACGAAGUGCGCUCACAUCAGCACUGACAAAGGGAUAUCGUAAAUUCAAGGCGAUUGCCGUAGGUGAGGAA